GUUGCCGUCGUGGAUAUGAGUGAUAUUUCCAAACAACCAUCACUGUUCUAUCACCUUGGUGUGCGUGAAAGCUUUGAUAUGGCGAACAAUGUCAUACUUUACUAUGACACUGAUGCUGAUACUGCUCAAUCUCUUAAAGAUAUGGUAUCCCAGAAAAACACAGCUUCCAGUGGGAAUUAUUAUUUUAUUCCAUACAUUGUCACACCUAGUGCUGACUACUUUUGUUGUAAAAGCGAUGCUCAGCGAAGAGCUUCUGAGUAUAUGCAACCCAGCUGGGACAAUAUCCUGGGGCCACUUUGUGUCCCACUCGUGGACCGGUUUAUCAGCCUUCUCAAGGACGUUCAUGUUACAUCAUGCGCCUAUUAUAAAGAAACACUGCUAAAUGAUAUUAGAAAAGCUAGAGAGAAGUAUCAAGGGGAUGAACUGGCUAAGGAGUUGGCCAGAAUUAAGCUUCGUAUGGAUAAUACUGAAGUGCUGACUUCCGACAUUGUCAUCAACCUGCUUCUUUCCUAUCGAGAUAUUCAGGACUAUGAUGCUAUGGUGAAGCUGGUAGAAACACUAGAAAUGCUUCCAACGUGUGAUCUGGCAGAUCAGCACAACAUUAAAUUUCAUUAUGCUUUUGCAUUGAAUCGGUAAGGAU